AUGGGAAAACCGAUAUUGUUUGUUACUAUGCAAGUUGGGCGGUGUAUCGAGUGAACCAAGGCCAGUUUACAACUGAUAAAAUUGAUCCAACUCUAUGCACGAAAAUAGUUUAUAGCUUUGCCGGUUUAAACAUCGACCUGCAAGUGGCCUCUAUCGAUAAUAACGCCGAUAUCACUUUAGAUGGCCUACAGCGAGGAAUCAAGGGAAAACUUUGCCGAUCACGUAUUGAAAUUCAUCGCUUACUACGGCUUCGAUGGCUUGGACUUGGAUUGGGAGUAUCCCACUGCUAGGGGAGGAAUCAAGAGCAAAGUGUCUGUGUGGCUGGAAAAUGGGCUUCCCAGCGGCAAGCUCAUCUUAGGCGUUCCCACCUACGCACGUUGCUUCAAUUUGCUUGACAAUGAAGAACAUGGUAUCGGGGCUGCAGUAGAUAAGACCACUUGCGGCGGCCAAUGGACCGAUGAAGAUGGCUUUCUUUCGUUUUAUGAGGUUCAGGAGUAUCUAAGCAUCGGCAUCUGCCAGGGAUCCGAGAUUUCGGACGAUUCGGUUUAUGCCUGGUGUUCGGACAUGUGGAUGACAUACGAUAAUGAAGAAACCGUUGCAUCCAAAACAAAAUACGUUCUGGAGUCUGGAUUGGGAGGAAUAAUGGUUUGGUCCAUAGACACCGACGACUUUCUGGGCUUACAUGGCAAUAAAUUUUCGUUAUUGUCUUCAAUUUAUCGCACAAUAAAUGAGGGUUGAUUGGUCAAUUAAAUGUUAUUCGACAAUAA